CGCGUGUCCCCCUCCCCAGGACUCAUCGUGUACCUGGGCAUGAUGGUGGGCGCGUUCGUGUGGGGCGGGCUGGCCGACCGGCUGGGCCGAAGGCAGUGCCUCCUCAUCUCCCUCUCCGUCAACAGCGUCUUCGCCUUCUUCUCCUCCUUCGUCCAGGGCUACGGCACCUUCCUCUUCUGCCGCCUGCUCUCAGGCGUGGGCAUCGGCGGCUCCAUCCCCAUCGUCUUCUCCUACUUCUCGGAGUUCCUGGCGCAGGAGAAGCGCGGGGAGCACCUGAGCUGGCUCUGCAUGUUCUGGAUGAUCGGGGGCAUCUACGCCUCCGCCAUGGCCUGGGCCAUCAUCCCCCACUACGGCUGGAGCUUCCAGAUGGGCUCCGCGUACCAGUUCCACAGCUGGAGGGUCUUCGUGCUCGUCUGCGCCUUCCCCUCGGUCUUCGCCAUCGGGGCGCUCACCACCAUGCCCGAGAGUCCCCGCUUCUACCUGGAGAACGGGAAGCACGAUGAGGCCUGGAUGGUGCUGAAGCAGGUCCACGACACCAACAUGAGGGCCAAGGGCCACCCCGAGAGGGUUUUCUCGGUCACACACAUCAAGACCAUCAAGCGGGAGGACGAGCUCAUUGAGAUCCAGUCGGACACCGGGACAUGGUACCGGCGCUGGCUCGUCCGAUGCCUCAACCUGUCGCAGCAGGUCUGGAGCAACUUCCAGCAGUGCUUCGCGCCCGAGUUCCGGCGCGUGACGCUGAUGAUGAUGGCGGUGUGGUUCACCAUGUCCUUCAGCUACUACGGGCUCACUGUGUGGUUCCCCGACAUGAUCAAGCACCUGCAGAGCAUCGAGUACGCCUCGCGCACCAAGCUCUUCACGCGCGAGAAGGUUCGACAUUUCACCUUCAACUUCACCCUGGAGAACCAGGUGCACCGUGGUGGCGAGUAUUUCAAUGACAAGUUCAUCGGGCUGAAGAUGAAGUCGGUGACGUUCGAGGACUCGCUCUUCGAGGAGUGUUACUUCGAGGACAUCACCUCCAGCAACACCUUCUUCAAGAACUGCACCUUCAUCUCCACCGUCUUCUACAACACAGAUCUCUUUGAGUACAAGUUCAUCAACAGCCGGGUGGUGAACAGCACGUUCCUGCACAACAAGGAGGGCUGCCAGCUGGACUUCAGCGACGACAACAACGCCUACAUGAUCUACUUCGUCAGCUUCCUGGGCACCCUGGCCGUGCUCCCCGGGAACAUCGUCUCGGCCCUGCUCAUGGACAAGAUCGGCCGCCUGCGCAUGCUGGCCGGCUCCAGCGUCAUGUCCUGCGUCAGCUGCUUCUUCCUGUCCUUCGGGAACAGCGAGUCGGCCAUGAUUGCCCUGCUCUGCCUCUUCGGGGGGGUCAGCAUCGCCUCCUGGAACGCGCUCGACGUGCUCACCGUGGAGCUCUACCCCUCCGACAAGAGGACGACAGCGUUCGGGUUCCUGAACGCGCUGUGCAAGCUGGCGGCCGUGCUGGGCAUCAGCAUCUUCACCUCCUUCGUGGGCAUCACCAAGGCCGUGCCCAUCCUCCUGGCCUCGGCCGCGCUGGCCCUCGGCAGCUCCCUGGCCCUCAAACUGCCCGAGACGCGGGGGCAGGUCCUGCAGUGAUGGGGGGGGCUGGGGGAGAGGGAAACACC